UUUUAAGUUGAAACUAAACCUGAAAAUAUGAAAAAUAUGUAUAUAUGUGAAAAGCGCCUAUCAUAACCUCAAUAUAGACUUAAUAUUUAAAAGAAUUGAAGCGAUAUUUCAGUAAUUUUCACAUUCAGGCAAAUCUCCAAGAACUAAAAACAUUUCUCCUUCUUUCGCGAAUGUACAUACAAAUGUUGAGAAUUUUAACUUGCUCGUUGGCAACACUGCAAUCAGCAUUUAUUAUUGGAUCGUUUCUGGUUUCUCAUUCGCCACAUUUGCUUGUAGAUUUGUUGGUUUGCGCGAUGACUAAAGCGAACGCGAAUGUAAAUGGGAGCGUGAGCAUAGCCAGCACGAGCGCCAACACUUCGGUUAUCUACGGUGCUCGUGGCCGUUGGCUUCAGCAACACGAUCAUAUUGUUGUUGACAACCAAGCGCGCUGCAACGGACGUUAGUCGCUGACGACGACGUGUAUUUAGUCGACGUCGACGCCACUCUCUGGCAUAGGAAGUGGUUGCAUUCGGCAGUGGCCACUACAAACACAACAACACCGGCAAACGAAACGAAUACAGACGUAUUCAAACCCAAGAAUUGAUUGCAAUAACAGCCAAAUUAGCUCUUUUGGUUAAGUCGUCGGCAGCUACAGCUCAGCGCUUUAAGAUAAAUGUACAAUAGUGAACAGCCCUGCACGGCGCAGAGCAUAGCCGAACAGAGCGGCGCGAAAGAGCAGAAAUAGCGCAACAUCGUGUAUCUCACGGUAUCUGUGUUUGUGUAUGCCAUACCCAUUCGUAGUAUCUUAAUAUCUUGCUUGCUUUUGAGCAGAGUGGGCACACACCGACCGAACGACCGCUUUGAGCGACCAAACAGCCAGCCGCCAGACAACUAAGCCAAGCAGCAGCGACGGUAAUAGCAACUGUAAAGACUAAGUGAAUGAAAAAAGUUUUUUCUUUCCAUUAGUGCGCGCUCGCUGAGGGGUUUAUUUAUUCAACGACAGAUCCCGUGUGUGGACAUUAUUUUCCGAAACGUUCGCUAAGGAGCACACGACGAACAUAACGCGAGUCAGUAUCAAAUGAAACAAAUCGAAUCGAUGAUUACGGUCCGCAUAUUAAAAGUUAUUAAAUCGAACAAUUCCGCGUUGCAUUAUUUUAAUUGAAAGUCAUUUGACUUGUCGCAGAUUUUUUUGAAAUGUUUCGCGAGCUAUGCGAAUUAUUUGCAUGCACAACAGCAAAUGUGAAGUGUAAACUGUUAUCACACCGCCGCGUAGCAGUUGUUUGUUGUUAAGUAAUAAUCGCGUGAUUCCAAAAGGGCCUUGAGCUCCGUGGGCUUUUGGAGGAAACUUGUGGGUAAUUUACUCAAAAAGUCAUAAAUAGGGAUAGCUAGGCUGGACUAGAGCACAAAUAUAUGGCACCGGAACAACAGUUCUAGCAAUAAAAUCGUCAUUUUAUACAACCAAUCGCUUGUCAGCCAAAAACUGUGCCAUCAGGGUGUCAACUAUUCAAUCUAUCUUUGCUCAUAGACAAACGUGUUUUUGAGUAAACUGUUACACCAACACUUUUCCAUCAAUAAACGUUUAGUUUAUUUCGGUUUUACUGUAGCUGAAGUGAAUAUAUCCGAUCGAGGAAAACCUCAAGCAGUGACGACAAUAUACAUUGUGUUUAAUUAAAGAGAAAAUUUAAAAAUAAAGUGUGUAAAUCAAAAAACUGUGUUAGCGAACAAGCGAGCCAAACAGAAGGGGCAAAAUACGAAUUUUCUUUCAUUACAAACCGUCGAAAUAGCGACGGCUAGACGGCAAAUAUCACAAGAAGCAGCUACAAUAGAGGCGGCACAAUACGCGCAAGAUAAACACUUUAUUAAAAAUAUUAAAAUUCAGAAAUAGAAUUUUCACGCAAACUGCACUAUUCAACCGCAUCUAACACGGCGAGCACCAGAUUUGUUUGUACGUCUAUAAACGAGAAGGCUAACAUAGCGACGGCGCCUAAAUACACGGUAAUCCAAAUUGUAGAAAUUCAUUGAUAAACGAACGACGGAAGAAGCUCAUAAGCGCCAAGCUAAGGACCGACUGCACAGCCUGAAGAGUACCAUCUAAAUAAGGUCGAAAGCGUAGACCAAAAAAAUAAAAUAAUAAUAAAGUAAAAGCGAAGUAGAUAACGUAGAAAAUUAAUAAUUUUUUUAUUCAGCAAAGGUGUUAUCUAAUCUAAGCGUUUGCUCGCUUCGCACUACUUACCCACCUACUUACCAAACGGCGCAACAAACAACAUCAACAACAAACAAUCGCAACCUGCUUGCUAUCCGCGCUCGAUACGCAACGAAGUGUAUUACAGAGUCACAGAGUCACCCAGCCACUCACUACACACAGUUCACUCGCCGCCGGCGGUCAUUCUGUCAGUCGGUGUCAGAACGCGAGCGCGUUUGUUUGUCAACAGAACAAGUCAGUUGGUUUAGUUUCUCUGGCUGUUGCUUUAAUUUGUCACAACCAAGUAUAACGCAAACGCCAAGAAGCGUGUAGGCUUGCUCAUUCUGAGUGCGUCUAAAAGUGAAGAAGUAAAUUAUCGCUGCAAUACUCUCCGUUCCAUAGUCCUAAAAUAAGCGAAAGAAGUGCAACCGUCGAAAAUUCAUGCGAGCUUACACCUACAAAUAUCUUUCUAAUAUUUACAUCAUUUUUGCGUAUAUUUAAAGGCAAUUAAUUUUCGAAAUAAAAAUAAUAUAGUGAAGUGCUAAAGUGUUUCGAGCAGAAGUGCUAGUGAAAAUAGAAGUAAAAAGAUAAGUGCAAUCUCCACAACUGCGAAGUAAUAUCGGCAGCUAACAAAUUAAGUGUGAAAUAAUAACUUCUUUUGUAAAACCAAGAGGCCAAACAAUAGAAUCGAAGUAGAGUAUAAGAAGCUCAGCGAACCAGAUGAAAAUGGCCAUCAACAACAGUACAAAAGUGUCGCAAACGACAGCAAUCAGCAACACAAGUGCAUCCAGUUCAUGCCGAUCCACGACGUGUGUCAAAAGUUGCGAAACAUGGGUCAAAGCAACAGAUAUGUAUAAAUCAGGAAACACAGCAAGCACAACGACGACAUCGGCACUAGCAUCAUCUCCAGCAUUAUCCACAAUAUCGGCAGCAACAGCGGAUGUUAUAGACAAAUUAGCGCGACCAACGCCACCGUCAACAUCGACAACUGCAACACCAAGAGCAGGAGUCUCUACAACAUCACUCAAGCUUCUUUACAAAUUCAUUAUAUUUGCCAUUUUGAUUUGCACAGCGCCGUCGCUGGUUAGUGGCCGACGGCAUGCGCCACUCUUGUUGGAAGAAUCGGAGGGUACACGCCGAAAUAAUAGACCAGUUGUUUCGGAAUGUCAGUUUGGCAAGACAGUGCGGGAGAUCGGCUCCACCUGGUUCGCAGAUCUUGGUCCACCAUUCGGUGUCAUGUACUGCAUAAGAUGUGAAUGUGUAGCGGUGCCGAAGAAACGUCGCAUUGUUGUGCGCGUGCAAUGCAAGAACAUUAAACAUGAAUGUCCACCAACAUUGUGCAGUGACCCAGUCCAACUGCCUGGCAAAUGCUGUAAAACGUGUCCUGGCGACAAAAAUGAUACGGACGUGUCUUUGGAUGUACCUGCCCCGGUAAAUAUUGAAGAGGAGGAGCGCAACAUGAAGCAUUUCGCUGCUCUACUCACCGGCAGAACAUCACAUUUCUUGAAAGGAGAAGAAAUGAAGGCCAUGUAUGCGACAAGCACCUACAAUCCACAAAAUAUUGUUGCCACUGGUCGCUUCCUGUUCCACAAGAAGAAUUUGUAUUACUCCUUCUACACCUCGUCGAAAAAUAAUCGCCCACGAACCAUACAAUUUGUUAACGACGCUGGCACCAUUCUCGAAGAGCAUCAACUGCAGGCGCCCCUUUCUGAUAUGCAGAGCGUGUAUCAAAAUGCCACUGGUAAGAUUUGCGGAGUAUGGCGUCGUGUUCCACGUGAUUACAAGCGACUCCUGCGUGAUGAACGGCUACACGUUGUUUUGCUAUGGGGCAGAAAAGAUCAAAUUGAUCUCGCACUAGGUGGGAAGAUCGGAUUGUACACCGCUUUACAGAAGGAAAUGUUCAGCUCAUUGCUGGAACCCGCACCAGGUACGAAGGCAACACUAAUGAAUGGCGCUGGUGGCACAGCUAUUGUCUCCACUACUAGCGGCGCGGCCGCCUCCGUACAUUUAACGCUUGUCUUCAAUGGUGUCUUUAGCUCCGAUGAAUAUUUAGAUUCCCCCAUUAAUGUACGCGUCGAAUCACCGGAUCGUAAAGAAAUCGUUUUGGACGAACUUCAAAAAGUACGUAAACCCUCGGCUGAGAUCAAUGUCUUGGAAAUAUCUUCGCCCAUAUCCAUACCGAUGUUGCGUUUAAUGUCGCGUGGUAAAUUGUUGCUCACAAUAGAAUCGAAGAAAAAUCCCCAUUUACGCAUACAGGGUUCCAUUAUUACACGUACUACUUGCGAGCUCUUCCAGACUUUACUCACGCCACACAAUGCCGAAUCGAAAACAAAGAGCAGCGGCUUAGCCUGGGUAUUUCUGAACACUGAUGGCUCUCUUUCAUAUAACAUCGAAACAGAUAACAUUAGCACUAAGGACAGGCCCGAAAUUAAUUUGAUGGAAGAUCUCGGCAAACGCAAAACCAUGCUGGAAAACCUUACACCAACAUUCAAUUUCAACCAAGCUAUUGGCACGAUCGACAAAUUAGGCCCAAAAGCACUGGAAUCAUUGUAUGAGGGUGACUUAGGAGUUAACAUAGCUAUUGAGAAUGAACCAAGUCUCAUACGCGGCCAUUUUGUGCCGCGCCCCAUUGCAGACGCCCGAGAUUCCGCUGAACCUAUUCUACUGAAACGAGUAGAGAAUGCCACGACUGCACCAACGCACGCCAUGGGUAUGGCUUGGUUGGCCAUCGAUAAUGAAUGUAACUUACACUAUGAGAUAACUGUAAAUGGUUUUCAAUCGAAUUCACAGGAUUUGCAAAUAUACCUCGAAGAAAAGCCAAUUGAAGCUAUAGGUGCACCGGUAACACGAAAAUUACUAGAGGAAUUCUCCGGCUCAUACAUGGAGGGUUACGUGCUUGGCAUGCCUUCCAACGAACUCGUCAAAUUGGAAAACAGCGUAUGCUACUUAGAGAUACACACAAAGGAAAGUAGUAAACCACUUUUACGCGGCAAAUUGAAAUCUACAAAAGUGCCAUCCCAUUGUUUUCCCAUUCACACGGAUAACAAUGUGCCGAAUGUACCUGGUGACCAUAGUGACAGCAAUCUUAUUGCGGCAGAUGCAAAAUGCUUCCAUUCAGGUCGGUUUUAUGACGAGUCCGAACAAUGGCGUAAUGCAAAUGAUGUUUGCCAGAUGUGCGCCUGUCAACAUGGCCAACCCACAUGUGAGCCGAUCAAAUGUCCCGCCGUACAAUGCAAACCCAACGAAGAGCUAGUUCGACGUGACGGCGAAUGUUGUUCCAUGUGUCUUCCGCAGAGUGUUGCUAUUGAGACGGAAAGCGUUGCCGAACAGAAUGUAAGGGGCUGCCGUUUAGGUGACCAAUUCCACUUGGCCGGUGCCAUUUGGCAUCCAUUCUUACCGCCAAACGGCUUCGACACCUGCACCACCUGUACCUGUGAUGCAUUAACACUGGAAGUGCGUUGUCCACGCAUGGUCUGUCCACCAUUACCCUGCUCUGAGAAGGUCGCCUACCGUCCGGACAAGAAAGCCUGUUGCAAAGUAUGCCCUGAAAGCAAAUCUUCACGAGGUGACAAAGCCGGUCCUUCCAAUCCAAACGUGCUACAAGAUCAGGGGUCACAUAAGACAAUAUCAACUGAAGAGAUCCUCAGCCAAGGUGGCUGCAAAGUGUUAAAUAAGGUUUACGAGAAUGGACAGGAGUGGCACCCGAUUCUAGCAUCACAUGGUGAACAAAAAUGUAUCAAAUGUCGAUGCAAGGAUUCAAAGGUGAAUUGUGAUCGCAAGCGUUGCUCACGCUCUACCUGCCAGCAAACGCGUAUCUCAGCCAAGCGGAAAUUCUAUGAGAAACCAGGUGUCGGCAGUGUGAAUACAAACGAGCCGGCCAUUGACGAGUGCUGUUCGACGCAGUGUCGACGUUCGCGCCGCCACCAUCGACGCGCGCAUCAGGAUCGACCCGGCACCGUCGACGAACGACAGCAACAACAGUCAAAGCGGUUGCAGCAGCAAACAAAUUUAAACCGAAGCGGCAGCAACGGUCAUAGCAGCUGAGCGCCGCGUUCAAAUCGAAACCAUUUACAAAUACAUAUAUUUAUAUAAUCGCGCGAAUAACAUUGUAAAAAGGAAAACAAAAUCGCUGUUUUCUUCUGAAGAAAAUACAAGUUUUUUGUGACUUUUUUAAACCAGAACUGAAACUGAAUAAGACGAAGCGAUGAAUUUAUUGGAAAGCAGCACUGAAGCAGAGGUUAUCCGAGGGAGAACGAAGAUUUACCCUCUAGGCGCUUAGCAAAAACAACAAGAAUAUUUAUAAUAAAAUAAAAAACGAAAGGGUGAAAUAAUUUAUGUAUUAUAACGAUUAAAGCAAAGUUUAACCAUCAUAAUGCAGCAGUAAAUAUGAAAAUGUUAACGCAAAUGGAAGUAGAAUCAGACGUAGAAAACUAAAGUGUAGUGCGCCAGUUGUAGGAGCAGAAGUAAGAUAGUUCAACGAUGCAGUAGCGGCUGCCAUUACAAAGUACACAAUAAAAAAUACCUUAGGAAUACCAGUGCAGUUGCUUUAGGAUUCUAGCGAAUGUAGGAUUUCAGCAAAAAAAAAUUUAUUCAGAAUAUAUAGCUUUUCAAAGCACUCUUCCAAAGACCAUAAAAAAUCUGAAAAAAAAGCUCUGAAUUGCAAUCGAAAUUCUCUUGAAGUAGUUUAUGAAUGUCGGAUCGAAUACCGAUUGAAGAUUUUAAGCACAAUGUAAGCUGUAGACUGAGAGUCAGAGAUCGGCGGCGGCAUAGAGAGAGAAAGACACAGUGCAAGAAUGAGAAACACAUCCCAAACGUUUCGACUGAUUGACUGAAUGGCAUAGAAUAAGUAAAAGAACUUUUAAAAAUAUUACAAAAAAAAGUUAUAUAUACAUACUCGUACAUAUUUGUUUUUUAUAUUCAUUAAAUACUAAUAGUAAUUACACUGAUGUGAAGGCACAUUUUAUGAAACAAAUAUUUGUAUGCAUAUGUGUAAGUAUUACCGUUUAUAGAAUGUCUGCCAGCCACUGAUAGCGCUUUGAAGUGCUUGACACUAAAAUAAUUAUUUUAGAAACACACUUUUUUUCAAAGCACGGGCGCUUGAAAUAUCGUCAGCUUGGAAACUAUGCAGAAGCAGCUUGGUGGUUGCAUUUAAUAACUGUAAUAGGACUUAAAAUUAUACACAUAUGCAUACCUAUGUUUGGAUGGAUGGUUUGUGAGUCCAACACAUUUGAUAUAGAAGCUUAAUCGCACCAAUGCAGGCACACCGCACACAAAAGUCAUACAACAAAAACUUAAUAUACAUAUAUGCGCACGCAAACAUACACACCCCCCAAACAUAAAACACAUACAUAUGUAUACUCAUUCAUUAAUAUUAUUAUAUUUACUUGUACAACAACUGACCAUUUGCGCAUUUUCACCACAUAACUGUAUUAAUAUUUUAUUAUUAUUAUUACCAUAAUUGUACAUUAUUAUUUCUUAUUAACUAUAUUUCUAAUUUAAACGAAUUCGAGUUUAGUUUUAUAAUUUUUGUGUAUUUUUUUAAGAAAAACAAUUAAAUUUAGUUAUAGUUUUAGUUGUUUUGCCUUAGCUAAUAGUGAUUUUAUUUUUAGUUCUGUUUAACUCUUUUGUAUCAUAAACAUAAUUGCAAGCAUACUUAAAAAUAUAAAAAAAUAUAAAUUAUAAAAACUAAAACAAAAAAUAAAAAAAUGUGAAAACAGAAUAACUGUUUAUGCUGAGUGAAUAUUUUCCUUGCUUUACAUUCGGUAAAGUUAGAAGAAAAUGUUCAUUCAACUCUUUGGAACGUUGUGUCGGAUAAACGCUUUCAUUUCAAAAGCGCUGUAUUCAUUCUUAGCAAUUAUAAUAAUAAGAAAACCAACAACGCACAAAUAAAUUUAGCUUUUAAAAUUGUAUUCAAAUGUUUUAUAUUGAUUUGUAAAAGUGCAAAGUUGAAAAUAAAAGGAAAACACAAUCAUCAAAAACAAUUGAUGUUUAUCGGCUAAAAUCGUUUACAAGAAACAUCAAAAAUCAUAAAACAUGCGGAUUGUUUAGUUUUGUUUGUGCAAACCACUUGCAUACAUAUUUGCCUACAUACAUACAUGCAGACAUAUGUACGUAUUAGCACCAAGCUAAAUCUAAUGUACGUAUGUAUUGUAAUUAUGUAUGUACCUUUCUACUAUUGUAUUAUAAUUUGAGAACGUUGCACAACUGUUGUGUCAAUUAUUAACUCUACAUAUUAUUUAUUUACAAAAUGCCUAUACAUACUUUACACACUCUAGCAUAAUGAAAUAAUUGUAUAUUUCAGAAAGAAUUAAAAAAAAAAAAAAAAAACAAUUUAAAAAAA